AUGCGUCGAUCUGGGAACGAGUCGGAUGUCGCGCAUCAACAAAAUGGACAACAGCAACAACAACAACAACAACCACAGAGACGUGCAAAUGUUGAGGGCGACCGGGUACUCAGGAGAAGCCCAGAGGAGGAGUCCAUGCGACAGUUUAAGCGCAAGCCCAAGGCAGAGUUCUUCCACGGUCUGGUGGCCACAUUCAAGACGCAGCCAUUCUAUCACAGUGCAUCAUUGGAGCACAAGGACAAAUACCAUGUCACAAUCGUCACGCAGUCGUCGGUUGACCGUCUCGACAGGAUCGCACUGAUGGCCGAUCGCUGGCGCGCGCCAAUCUCGGUGGCAUUGUUCAUUCGCGACGUCAAUGACGAUCUUCCCAAACUCGACAAGAUAUUGUCCAGCAACAUAUUGCUGCGCGAGUUUGCCGACAUUCAUCUGCUGCAUGCCAACAAGACACGCUAUCCAGUGAACAAUCUGCGCAACCUGGCCAUCACCAACUCGCGCACUGACUUUGUUUUGCUGAUGGACGCAGACUUUAUCAUCACGGCUGGCACACACGACUAUAUGUUGCCAUACAUCAAAAAAGUACAGGAGACUGGUGAGAAGGUUGCCUUUGUCUUCCCAUCAUUCUCAUCAUCCUACCAGCCAAACCUAUUGCCAGAUGACAAGGCAUCAUUACUUGAACUCAUCAAUAAGGAUCUGGUAUCGCCAUCAAAUAUGAGGUAUUGCCCAAGAUGUCACUCACCAACCAAUUACAAUCGUUGGUAUAAGGAGAGCGAAGCUUAUGAGUUGGAGUACAAGUGGAUAUACGAGCCAUACUUGAUGUUCAACCGCUCGCAGUCCGAGCUGUUUGACGAGCGCUUCAAGGGCUACGGCUUUGACAAGAACUCACAAGUGUUCACGAUGGCUGUCAUGGGCUUCAAGUUCAAGGUGCAGCCCGCAUCAUAUAUCAUUCACAUCAAUCACGAGCAGUCCAAAUGGGAUGGCGAGGAAGAGAUCAACGAGCAACAAUGGGAUGCCCUCAGGGUCUUGUGCGACAUGAUACCCAGUGUCAAGACACGCUACGGCUACGAGGUAUCCAAAAAGGUAUUCGACGAGCCGCUGCCCGCUGAAUGCUACUCCGACCAGCAUUGGUAG